AUUGUACUUGACAGAAUUUAUUUAUUACGGCUGUUUUUAAAAGAAAAUUGUGGCAAUGACCGACUUUAAGAACUUUGCAUGUAGGCUUUGCCUCAAAACUAUUACAAAUACAAACUUUGAAAUAAUAGACGACGAUAUUAGAAACAUUCUAAGUGCCCUUCUACUAGAGUUGAAACGUUUUGAGAACAAGGAGUUAAUAUGUAACGCUUGCAAUAAGAAAUUAAAUGCAGCCUUCGACUUUAAAUCAAUGUGUAGGAAUACCAAUAAAACAGUUAUUUCAAAUAAGGAUUGCGAGAAUAUGUUACAGCUCGACUUAGGAGCAGUUUAUAUGAAAGAAAAGGCAAGCGAUCAGUUAAUGGAUAUUUCAUGCGAUCAAAAGGUAUGUGGACUGUGUAUGCAGUUAGUAAAAAGUGAAUUUAGAUGCAUACGCGAAGAGGAACUCGAAGCUAUUCAGAAAUUCGUCCCAGAAAUGGUUAUAAAGGUUAUUAAAGGUCCUGUUGUAUGUAAACCGUGCUUUGAUUCUCUGUGCACACACAACAGCUUUCUAAAGGAUUGUUUAGAAGUAGAAGAAAAAAUUAGAAGCACUUGUGACAGUUCAGCCCUGGAGAGUCAAUCGCCAUCUGACUUAUUCGUUAAGAUUGAACAGUUGGGUGAACUGUGUGAAACAGACGAGACGGAAAUGUCCAUCAAAACUGAAUGCAUCGAGAUAAAACCGGAACUAGAUGAAGAAGACGGGCACGCAACGCCUGAGAACAGUGCGUCUAGAGACUUGCGAGAGGUCGCAGAUAAAUCGAAACACGACAGCGGAUUAGUGAAAAAAACUAAAAGAUCCAGAAGCAAGAGCACACCGAACCAGGUACCGUACAAAUGCGGCAAAUGCGUUUACGAAACCAAAAGUGAGAGCCGUUUCACGGCACAUUACGCGAGACAUAUAAAAGCUUCAGCCGAAUAUAAGAAGUCGCUUCAUAUGCAGCUGCUGCAGCGCGUAGAACCUCCCGCCCCCCCACCACAAAGCUACAAAUGCGACUAUUGCAAUUUCGAAACAAAAUACAAGUGCAGCGUCAACAGGCACCAAUUAAUAGUGCACGAAAAAUCCCUGGAGGUACGCUCGUACAAGUGCAGUGAGUGCGAUUUCGAAACGAGGAAUAAAUACAAUCUCACUAAGCACCUGUCGACGCACGACAGUAUCUCGCGAGCGCAAAAGAGCGAGUACAAGUGCGAAUCGUGCGAUUACAAAACAAACCAUAAGUUUGCCUUCAAGAGGCAUCAACAGAAACACGUAAGUUCUGCCGAAGCGCAAAACACCGAUUCUAGCCCUCAGAAUCACCAGCUAGAACACGAAGAGACUUCGAUAGUCACGGUGUAUUCGUGCAACGACUGCCAUUAUAAAACGAAACAUAGGGAGUGCCUCGUACGUCACAUGGUGACACAUCGCGACUCGUCAGUUGUGCGAAUGUUCUCGUGCAACGACUGUGAUUAUAAAACCAAACACAAGGACUGUCUCAAACGUCACAUGGUGCAACACAAGGACCUGACGCGGGUGCAAAUGUACAAGUGCGACGCCUGCGACUACGAAUCGAGGCACAAGAUGAACCUGACACGCCACCUGACGACGCACAAGGAUCCCUCGCAGCUCCGGAUGUACAAGUGCAACGACUGCGACUACGAAACCACAAAAAGGGUGAACAUCAAGUAUCACGUGUUCAAGCACAGAGACCCGUCGCGCCUGCCAAUGUACAAGUGCCACCUUUGCGACUACCAAGCGCAGCACAAGAUAAACUAUAACGGUCACAUGCUGAUGCACAAGGACGCGUCGCAGGUGCAAAUGUUCCGGUGCGACUUGUGCGAUUUCGAGACGAAGUACAGGAGGUCCUUGGGGCAGCACAAGCUGAUUCACGAGGAUAGUUCCGACGUGCCGACGUACUCAUGCAAGUCAUGCAACUUCCAGACGAAGUACAAGCGUAACCUGAUAAGUCACGAACAGAUCCACAGCAAGAAAGUACAGAUGUAUAAGUGCGACAAGUGCGAUUUCGAGACGAGGCACAAGAUCUAUCUUCCGAGGCAUCGGCAGAGACACGACAACCCCGAGGCGGACAGCCGCUAA